AUGGCAAAACUUAUUAUUACUAUUUUAGAGAUAUAUAAUUAUCCACCUUCAAAAGAAAACUUAUUUGAAAGGACAGUUGAGACAAAUUUGGCUGAGAAGCUAAAAAACAGAAAAGAGGUAUAUGAUCAUUUAUCAAAGUCUAUAUACUUAGUUGCUGUGGGGAGCAAUGACUAUAUCAACAACUACCUUGCAACCAAGUAUUAUGACACUAGCAAGCUCUACCAGCCUCGCAUCUUUGCUCAACUCCUCAUUCACAAGCUCUCCGAACAAUUUCAGAGAUUGUACAAGUUGGGAGCUAGGAAGAUAGUGAUGUUUGGAAUUGGACCAAUAGGGUGCACCCCACCAAUCUCAAAAACACAAUUACACAAAGGUGAUUGCUUGGAGGAAACAAACCAAAUUGUGUCAUACUUCAAUCAGAGGCUUCCUUCAUUGCUAAGCAAUCUCACAUUCACUCUUCCACACUCCUCCUUUGUUCUUGGUCAUGCCUAUUCCAUACUUGAUGCAUUCACAAAUCCUUCCACUUAUGGUCUAACGGAUGCAAAAAGUCCAUGUUGCAAUGCUUGGGAAAAUGGAACUGCAGCUUGUAUCCCAUUGACAAAACCAUGCAUGAACCCAUUUGAACAUUUCUUUUGGGAUGGUUAUCAUCUUACAGAGGCAAUGUAUUCUUACAUAGCUUCUGCAUGUCUAAAUGGUAAUAAGGUCUGUACACCACUCAAUAUUCAAGAGCUUGUCAAAUUGUAACUUAAUUGUGAGAGAUAUCAUGUACUUUAAUUUCUCUUAUCCUUAAUAAUGUUUAAUUUUUAUGAUAUAAAUUAAA